UGCACGAGACUAAAAGAAAAAACGAAUCUUCAUUUGGUUACAACCUUUUCUUUUACGUGUGUGCAAAGUCAACUCCAGUCAGCGCUGUUUUUCGAAUCAAGGCUUGAUAGCAUGGCCUGUACGGAAGUGGACAUAGAUGCAAUUAUCUCUUCCCUGUUGAGUGUCUUGCACUCAAGGCCAGGAAAACUAGUGAACCUCGAUGGACGCGAAAUUAAAGCAUUGUGUAUGAAGAGCCGUGAGAUCUUCAUUUCUCAGCCAGCGCUUCUAGAGCUGAGCGCUCCUAUUAAGAUAUGUGGCGACAUACACGGCCAAUAUUAUGAUUUACUCCGUCUAUUCGAGUGUGGCAAAUUUCCGCCUGAGAGCAACUAUCUGUUUUUGGGAGACUAUGUGGACCGCGGCAAGCAGUCGCUGGAAACGAUUUGCUUGUUGUUAGCCUACAAAAUAAAGUAUCCAGAAAAUUUUUUCAUUUUGCGCGGAAAUCACGAGUGCGCCAGCAUUAAUCGCAUAUAUGGCUUUUACGAGGAAUGCAAGAGGAGGUAUGAUGUGAAGCUAUGGAAGGCUUUCACCGAUUGCUUCAAUUGCUUGCCUGUUGCGGCAAUUAUCGACGAAAAGAUCUUGUGCAUGCACGGCGGACUGUCUCCAGAUUUGAAGAACAUGGAUCAAAUACGCAGAAUUCACAGACCGGCGGACGUUCCGGACACGGGACUUUUGUGCGAUUUGCUUUGGGCAGAUCCUGAUAAAGAGGUGCAGGGGUGGAACGAGAGCGAUCGAGGAGUGUCUUACACUUUUGGAUGCGACGUCGUCACUAAUUUUUUGAAAAAGCAAGAAUUAGACUUGAUCUGUCGGGCGCAUCAAGUGGUUGAAGAUGGAUACGAAUUUUUCGCGAAGCGCCAGUUGGUGACUUUAUUCAGUGCUCCUAAUUAUUGCGGUGAAUUUGACAACGCGGGGGCUAUGAUGAUUGUGGAUGAGACCCUGUUAUGUAGCUUUCAAGUUCUAAAACCUGCAGAGAAGCAAAAGUCUUCUGCUGCAAAGAAAAACUACAAAUUUCCGUCCUAGGAGGAGUGCGUUGUCACCGAGAGAGGGUAAUGUCUCUGUUUCAAUGGGGGUGUUUGGAGGCUUUAAUUUCGUCGAGGCUUUCUUAACAGAGGCAUUCCUGCUUGGUGGCGAUGGCGGUCUUUCGAGGAGUCGCAGCGAUGACCAAAAAAAUAGGCGCCAAGAGCCUGGUUUUGCAUUUACUCUUGAAGUAGACUCUCUGCUUACUACUCUAGUUUAUUACAAUCUUGCGAAAAGAUGUUUAAAUACCACACUUCUUCCUGAACGCUCCACCUUCCAAGGGAUAUGCUUGAAUUCGUCAUCCUUGGAUGGGGCUUAUCAGGCCCUCACGGCUGCGUGAAGCACGGCGUGUAUAGUGUCCCAUCUUUCAGAAGAAGAAGAGCCGUAAAUUAGUUUCUGACUGACUUUUAGAAGCCCUUUUUCUGUACGUAUGCAUCUUCUAUGAAGGCUGUCCAAUUUUUUUUAUGUGUACGCUCAGGUUGUAGAGAGAGCUCAUAGGGGUGGAGGCGGGGA